UCCAGUAACUUCUCUCCCUCCUCCCCCACAGAGCCUUCUCCAGCCCCACCUCCUGUUCCCAGGCCUAUGCCAAGUCUUUGCAGGUCCUAGAUGUCGGCUUCCAGCUGUCUGGUGUGAGUGGGGGAACUAUCUCUGGAGAAGCCCCCCCUUCACAGCUGCUCAGGCAAGAUGUGGUGGCUGCUCCUCUGGGGAGUCCUCCAGGCUUGCCCCACACAAGGUUCUGUGCUCUUGGCCCAGCAGCUACCCCAGCAACUGACAUCCCCAGGGUAUCCAGAGCCAUAUCUCAGAGGCCAAGAGAGCACCACUGACAUCAAGGCUCCAGAGGGCUUUGCUGUGAAGCUCAUCUUCCAGGACUUCGACCUGGAGCCAUCCCAAGACUGUGAACUGGACUCUGUCACAAUCACAGCCAAUGGGAUAGAGCCAAUUCGGUUCUGUGGGCAGCAGGACUCCCCACUGGGCAACCCCCCUGGUCAGAGGGCGUUUGUGUCCUCAGGGAGCAGUUUACGGCUGACCUUUCGUGUACCUGCCUCCUCUGAGGAGAGAACCACCAGUCUCCACAAGGGCUUCCUGGCCCUCUACCACGCGGUGGGUGUGUACAACAGUCAGACCCCCAAUCAGGCCAGCAGGGAACCUGAGGCUAUCAACACACCUGAACAUGACCCCUCCAUGAUCCAGAGCCAUUGCUGGGAGCCCUAUUAUGAAGCAGAGACACUCACCUGCACAGCCCAGUACCCCUGGAUGAAGAAGGAAGUUCCUCACUGUGUGCCCGUCUGCGGUCGGCCAGUCACCCCCAUAGACCCCAUCCAGGAGGCCAGCGGUUCUUCCAAAGCCAAGCGGGGCGCCUUCCCCUGGCAAGCCCUCACCAGUGUCUAUGGCCGAGGUGGCGGAGCGCUGCUGGGCGACAGGUGGGUCCUCACCGCGGCCCACACCAUCUACCCCAAGGACAGCGUCUUCCCGGGGAAGAACCGGAGCGUGGAUGUGUUCCUGGGCCACACGGGCGUAGACGAGAUGCUGCAGCUGGGCCAGCGCCCCGUGCGGCGCGUGGUCGUGCACCCCGACUACCGCCAGGACGAGUCUGGCAACUUCGACGGGGACAUCGCCCUCCUGGAGCUGCAGCACCGCGUACCCCUGGGGCCCAGCCUCCUCCCGGUGUGUCUCCCCGACAGCGAGCGCCUCUACCGCAGCGGCCUGGGGGGCUACGUGAGCGGCUUCGGUGUGGACAGGGGCUGGCUCCCCGCGGAGCUCAAGUACUCGGGGCUGCACGUGGCCCCGCGGCGGGCCUGUGAGGCCUGGCUCCGGCAGCAGCGGAGGACGGAGGUGUUUUCUGACAACAUGUUCUGUGUGGGGGACGAGAAGCGGGCGCAGGGGGUCUGCCAGGGGGACAGUGGCGGUGCGUUCGUGGUGUGGGAUGACGGUGCCCGCCGCUGGGUGGCCACGGGCAUCGUCUCGUGGGGCGUUGGGUGUGGCGAAGGGUAUGGUUUCUACACCAAGGUGCUCAACUACGUGGACUGGAUCAAGGGUGUGAUGGGCGGGAAGGACUGACCCUGAGUGGGGAGCAGGGGAAUGAGCAACACAGCAGCCCUGUGGAAGCCCCAGACAGGAGGAGGCUGGGAAUGAGGAUGGACCUCCCAGGUGGGGAGGCAGGGCAGGCAGAGAACCCCUAGUCCAGUCACUUCUCUGCUCUACCCCUUGCCACCCGGCAUAAGAAGGGGCGUCCCACAGCCCCUCCUGCUCGUCCUCCACCUUGCCUUGCAUCCAGGGCCACCUUCACUUUGAACUUCACAUCCUGCUAACACAGCCUCCUCUGUGCUCUCCUGGGAAGCCCAUCACCGCCUCACCUCCCAGUUCAGGUGGAGUUGGGCGGAAUGUUCUGAAUCACAUUUCGUUUCUGAAACCUUCCAAAGCCCCUUUAGUUAACCUUCAAAUAUUUGCCCUAAUGGCUUCACCUGCCACCUCAGUUCCUCCUUACAAUUAUAGUAACAGCUCAUUUAUUUGUUUGACAUCUUCUAUAUACCAAGUGCUUCACGGGUGUCAUUUCAUUGACUCCUCACAAGAAGUUUGCAAAGAAUGUGUUGUUGGCCAUGUUUUACAGAUGAGGAAACUGAAGCAAGUGAAACAGGAGAGCAAGUGACAUGCCCAGAUCCCACAGCCAGGACUGCUCCCCCUUCCCAAUCCCUCCAUCUUUACAGAGUCCCCUACCCUAGAAGCCCCUGCUUCAGGGAAGAUGACAAUACCUGGCUCUCGCUUCUCCUCCAGUCACAUCUCCUGCAGACAGGAGCUGAGCCCAGCGCUGGGCUGGAUUUUCCUGCAGACACCCUCCCUGCUGCUACUGGACACCACGAAAUCCAUGUUCCACCUGAGAUCAAUUCUUAAAUUUUUAGCAAGGAGUUGAGACAAUUCACAAUAAAAGACACAAAACACAAGUGUUCAAAUGGAAAUAGAAAAUGAAUACCAUAAAACAGAGAAGAGAGCAAAUUUGCUAGCCAAGAAAGCCAAGUUAGCUAUUUGGCUAAAGGUUACAUUUAUCUUUGAAAAAUGGCAAGACUCAGGGCCUCCCUGGUGGCACAAGUGGUUAAGCACAGCACUCUGAAGCUAUCUGCAGCCUCUGCAGCAUAAGUUCGAUCCCCGGCUGGCCAGGGAGAGACCCACAUGGUGCAGCAGACCUUUCCUGCCUCACCCGCUGCUCCCCUCAGCAAUGUAUUUCAGUCAGUCUGCCUGUUCUGCUGCCCACUCUGUGUCUGGUGAAUCCUCUCACCCUUCUGCACCUCUAGCCUGUACCCCAGUUUAAAAUAAAUCUUUUUUAAAAAUGACAACAUUCAAAUAUGUACAUGGAGACAGUUCUAUUUUAAAAACCUAUACAUAGCACAAAAGACUAUACUCUAGAAGACUAUUCAAAGAUUGUUUUAGCAUAGAGCUUCCAUAUGAUCCAGCAAUUCCACUCCUAGGU